GUCAAAUGUGUCAUUUGUCUCUUAUAAAAGUGUAGUAGGUUGUAUCUGUUAAUGUAAUAGGUUUUUAAUAAUAUUUGAAUAAAUAUGAACAAAAUAACAAAUAGUAUAGAACUUUUAGAUAUAGACGGUAAUACUUUAUUGAAAAAUCAACAAGUUGAAUCUAAAUCUACGAUAAUAAAUAAACAAGAUCAGACGACAUGGGGUAAGACUUCACCUAGUAAAAGUUACGGUUCGUCAAGUUCUACAUCUACGGAAAACGUAGUAUCUACACUAGAACGGAAAAAAGUUACUACCGAUACUAUUAUACCGACUCGCCCGGACGAUCCCCCGCUUUUACCGGGCGAAAAAGUGACCGGUCAAGCUAGAGAUGUAACUUAUUUAUGCCCCUAUCACGGCCCCGCUAGGGGUAUACUCACAGUUACAAAUUAUAAAUUGUUUUUCAGAUCGAUGGAUAAAGAUAUGCCGAAUGUGAUCGACGUCCCUUUAGGCGUGGUAACUAGGAUUGAAAAAGUCGGUGGGGCUUCUUCGAAAGGGGAAAACGCUUAUGGUAUAGAAAUAUUUUGUAAGGAUAUGCGCAAUCUUAGGUUCGCUCAUAAACAGGAAAAUCAUUCGAGGAGGAAUGUUUUUGAAAAAUUGCAGAUGUACGCGUUUCCUCUGUCACAUAAAUUGAAUAUAUUCGCAUUUGAAUAUUCCGAAACGUUUCUUGAAAAUGGUUGGGCCGUUUAUGAACCCAUUGCAGAAUUGAAACGAAUGGGCGUGAACAACGAUAUGUGGAAAAUAUCCAAAAUUAACGAGCAAUACGAUAUUUGCGACAGUUACCCCGCGGUAUGGGCGGUGCCGUCGCACGUUACCGACGACGAUAUUAAAUGCGUGGCGGCUUUCAGAAGUCGAGGUAGAAUACCGGUAUUGAGUUGGAUACAUCCGGAAUCUCAAGCAACUAUCACGAGAUGUUCUCAACCUUUAGUCGGAGUUGGUGGUAAAAGGUGUAAAGAAGACGAAAAAUAUAUUCAGUUGAUAAUGGACGCUAACGCCCAAAGUCACAAAUUAUUCAUAAUGGACGCCAGACCGAGCGCUAACGCUAUAGCUAACAAAGCUAAAGGAGGAGGGUACGAAUCCGAAGACGCUUACCAACACGCCGAAUUAAUAUUCCUCGAUAUCCACAAUAUACACGUGAUGAGAGAAUCGUUGAGAAAAUUGAAAGAAUUAGUUUAUCCCACGAUAGACGAAAUAAAAUGGUUGUCGGGACUCGAAUCGACAUAUUGGUUGAAACACAUCAAAUGCAUAUUGGCGGGAGCGUUGAGGAUAGUGGAUAAGGUGGAAAGUCACAAAACUUCGGUGCUGGUGCACUGCUCCGACGGUUGGGAUAGAACGGCGCAACUUACCGCUCUGGCGAUGCUGUUGUUGGAUCCUUUUUACAGGACGAUCAAAGGAUUCGAAAUUUUAAUCGAAAAGGAAUGGUUGUCGUUCGGACACAAAUUCCAACAGAGAGUCGGUCACGGCGACGAUCACCAUUCGGACGCGGAUCGUUCGCCCGUUUUUUUGCAAUUUAUCGAUUGCGUUUGGCAAAUUACUCAACAAUUUCCGAACGCUUUCGAAUUCAACGAACAUUUUCUAAUUACCAUAUUGGAUCAUUUGUAUUCGUGUAGGUUUGGUACUUUUUUGUAUAAUACCGAAAGGGAACGACUUAUCGAAAAAGUGAAAGAAAACACCGUAUCCCUAUGGUCUUAUACGAACAGUAACCUAAACAUGUACAAAAACCCCCUGUAUUGGGCAAAUCCUCUGCAACAAGUAGUUCUAGUACCGAUAGCGAGCAUAAGGCACAUAAAACUGUGGAAAUCGUAUUAUUGCCGAUGGAAUCCGAGUAUGAGAACACAAGAUCCCGUGUACCUUCGGAUAAGGGAGCUUCUCCUUUUGAAGGAGCAGUUGGAGCACAUCGUAGACGAAUGCCGGAAAGAACAACAGGCGAGAAUACAAAAAACCAGCGUUUCGCCUACGUGAAACGUCAAUUGUCAUUAUUUGACAAUUUUUUUUUAAGUGUUUGUUUUAGGAUGAUACCAAGGAGUAGUACAAUCAGUCGAUAUAAAUUUCUCGUUCAGGUUAAAUAAUUCAUUUGGAACUUGUAAUAAUAAAAAUUAAUUUUAAGUCAAA